AUGGAGAUCCCAGGUAAAUUGCCGUUCUCCAAGCGCCGGCUACGGCCGCGUGUUGUCCUUUCCUACAUCUUCGACUACGUGAUCCUAAUGCAACCAACGGACCCGGCCUCUGGGAAGCGCAAGCUGCGUGGCCCCUGGCGCUGGAAGGAUCGCCUUUGGGAGAUGAACUGCGGUAUCCUGGGGCUGCUCCUAUCGCAGGGUCUCGCUUUUGUUAUCACACAAGUCCUCAAGAAUGCCUGCGGCAAGCCUCGACCUGACAUCAUUGAUCGCUGUCAGCCGCGAGCUGGAAGUCACGACCUGUCGCCAUACGGCUUGUCAAAUUCCACGAUUUGUACCGGCGAGGCGGCAUUGAUCAAAGAUGGGUUCCGAUCAUGGCCGUCUGGUCAUAGCAGCUCCUCUUUCGCCGGACUGUUCUAUACCUCGAUGUGGCUAGGUGGAAAACUCCAUAUUAUGGACAACCGCGGCGAGACCUGGAAGACCCUCCUCGUCAUGAUCCCGAUCCUUGCAGCGACGCUCGUUGCCGUGUCUCGCAUCAUGGACGCCCGCCACCACCCCUUCGACGUCAUUACCGGCUCGCUACUAGGCGUUGCCUGCGCCAUUGUGUCCUACCAUCAAUACUUCCCUCCACUCUCCGAAGCAUGGCGCAAGGGGCGUGCAUACCCGAUCCGAACCUGGGGCUCACAGCCUACGCAUCCCGUGCACGGGAAACUCGACUCGGAAAGCGAAAGCAUCACAACACCACUGCGCAACCCCGAGGCAGAUCGACUAAAUCCUCCAGAUCUGCGUCACAGUCUAGCGUCCCCGAAUAUAUCAGCUUCCGGAACGACGGGGUACGGCGAGAACCCCUAUGCGCCUGCAGCGUAUCCCCGUCGCUCACAUGACCAUGACCCCGAUGGGAACUGGUCUUCUAGUGAGGAUGACGUCGCGAAUGGUUAUGAGAUGCAGCAGGGUUAUGCGACGACUGCGAACCCUGCGGCUAGGGGUUACUCCCCUUCUUUUGAGACGAAUACAGCAUACGCUUCCCCAAGGCCAGUACCGUCAACGGAUGUGCAUCGCCCGAAUGUGGUUGUGAGUCCAACCGACCGGGGGCGACAGUUGACUGAUGUGGCGGUUGGGAAUGUGUAG